UUUAAAAAGAAAAUGAUUGCAUUCAGUAAUUCUGUUUUCCUCAUCCAUAAUAUUUUGUUCACAGCUGUUUUGAGGUUUAAAUAUCGUUAGAUGAAGUAUGUGGAAAUGUUUUGCACAUAGUAGGUAGGCAUUUAGUAAAACCUGAUUUCCUUCUUUCUCAUUCACUGAGACUUAGCUAUGUCUAGUCCUGUCUUCCUCUCCUAUCUUUCUAAGUUUUUAUUUACUUCCUAAAGUUUGCAUAACAACAUCAGAGUCUUCUCAUCCCUACCCGGUAAAAAUUUGUAAUAUUGAACCUGACAUUUCAAAGUACAACUGCUGGAUAAUUUUACUCUUCCCUUUUGAGAAUCACUGAUCUACAGGAGAUACGACGUGUAGAGUUAACUAAAAUACAAGGAGAGUUGUGUUGAAUCCUUUAAUACUAAAGCAGUAUACAAAAGCAUGAACAAUAGGGUUAGCUCUACCGGGAGAUAGUUGGAAGAGGAGCUUGUUAAUAAAAAAUGUGCAUCUAAUUGAUGUAACAUAUGUGGGGGAGUAUUUUUGAGUAAGGACUCUUGUGGUAUUCCUUUACUGUAUCAGAGGCCUAGUUUCCCCCAGAAUAUUUUGACAGAGAGAAAAAUGACAGAAAAUUGCAUUUAUGUAUAGUUUUGAAUUUUGUUUUAAUGUAUAUUAUUCUUACUAGAGCCCUGUGCAGUACCUUGAGACAGGUUAAGUGACCUGCCCCCAGGUAACGCAGCCAGCAAGGGCGAAACUCUAGUCUGUUGACUUUAGGCUCUCUUAUACUGUACAGUAGGUUUACACUAGCAAAACCUCAGUUAUCUAAAGACCAAACUUUUGAUAGCUUUGAACAUUGAGAGGUCCAAACACAUAGAACUCAAGUUCAGGAAAUAUUUAUUUGAUCCUUUUUACUAUUUGGGGGUAGCUCUGUUUUGAAAUUAAUGGGCCUUUUUUUUUCUUCUUAAGGAGUGUGGCGUUGGGCUGAUGGUAGAUAACUAAGACAGGGUGCUGAAGAAAUGAGAGAAGUUGCAGGGACAUGCUAAUGUGCUGUAAAUUGUGAAUGGUGGAGACAUUGCAGAAAGCACUAAUAAGGAAUUCUAGCUAGAAACGGAAAAACCCAAACCUGUUGCCUUUGAGUUGAUUCUGACUCAUAGCGACCCUAUAGGACAAUACUACUGCCCCAUAGGGUUUCCAGGGAGCGGCUAAUGGAUUCAAACUGCUCACCUUUUGGUUAGCAGCCAAGUUGUUAACCACUGUGCCACCAGAAAAAACCAAAAAGCUCUGUUAAGGGAAGGGGAGGGCAAGAUAUACUGCAACUCUGCUUUUGUUGACCCUAAGAGCAGCACUGUUUUGUACACAAAGAAUAGCUCUGAGGAUAUAUGUGUGUAGUGCAAACUCUGAAUUUCAUACUACAGGUAGAAAGUUAAUGGGACCAUUUUCAACUUUCCUAUUGCAGUUGGGGUUUACUUCUGCAAAUCCCAUCUGUGUGUGAAGCACAGUACAUUUGAAUCAGCAAGAAAAGUUAAAUUAUGUUCUGUAUACCUAAAAUAUGGAGAUUUAUAUUGGAAAUAUUUAAAAUAUUUAAAAUCUGGUAUUAGAAUUGUUAAUAUUAGCUGUUCAGAGAAGUCACAUAGAAUGUCUGGUUCCCCUCUUUUGUUUUAUAAUAAUAAAGAAUCUGUGUUGAUACUACGAGUUACCUUUACUUUUAUGAGAACUCUUGCAGAGGAAGCUGGGGACAGGUAGCUUAUGUAGACGGAAAUUGGGACUGUGAAUAGUAUUUUUUUAAUGCACCCUCCCUUAAAUGUUUGUUAUAGAUGUUCCUGCGUACUCCUGUAGUGCUUCAGCAUUAUUUUGUAUAGAUUCAAAGAGAGUGUUUAUAGUUCUGAUCGUGUCAGACCUCAGUUCGGAAAUCCUCAGUGGUUCCGCGAAUGUCUGCUAAUUGCUACUAGUAGUCACUCUACAUUAGCCUAAGCAUCUAUUUUACAUCUGUUAUCUCAUUGAGUUUUCACAACAACCUGUGAGUCGGAGCACCAUAACAUGGUGUGGGAAGUGAAGACAAAUCAGAUGCCUAAUGCAGUACAGAAACUCCUGCUGGUAAUGGACAAGAGAGCUUCAGGAAUGAAUGAUUCAUUGGAGUUGCUGCAGUGUAAUGAGAAUUUGCCAUCCUCACCUGGAUAUAACUCCUGUGAUGAGCACAUGGAGCUUGAUGACCUUCCUGAACUUCAGGCUGUUCAAAGUGAUCCUACCCAAUCUGCCAUAUUCCAGCUAAGUUCAGAUGUUUCACAUCAAGAAUAUCCAAGACCAUCUUGGAACCAAAAUACCUCAGACAUAUCAGAAAAUACUUACCGUGAAAAUGAGGUGGAUUGGCUAACAGAAUUAGCGAAUAUUGCUACCAGUCCACAAAGUCCACUUAUGCAGUGCUCAUUUUACAACAGAUCAUCUCCUGUACACAUCAUAGCGACUAGCAAAAGUUUACAUUCCUAUGCACGCCCUCCACCAGUGUCCUCUUCUUCUAAGAGUGAACCAGCCUUCCCUCAUCACCACUGGAAGGAUGAAACACCAGUCAGACAUGAAAGGGCAAAUAGUGAGUCAGAAUCUGGCAUUUUCUGCAUGUCUUCCCUCUCAGAUGAUGAUGACUUGGGAUGGUGCAAUUCCUGGCCUUCAACUGUUUGGCACUGUUUUUUGAAAGGCACACGGCUAUGUUUUCAUAAGGGCAGCAAUAAAGAAUGGCAGGAUGUUGAAGAUUUUGCUAGAGCCGAAGGCUGUGAUAAUGAAGAAGAUCUCCAAAUGGGUACUCACAAGGGCUAUGGUUCUGAUGGUCUAAAGUUGUUAUCACAUGAAGAAAGUAUAUCAUUUGGCGAGUCUGUACUGAAGUUGACUUUUGAUCCUGGUACAGUAGAAGAUGGUUUACUUACUGUAGAGUGUAAGCUGGACCACCCUUUCUAUGUUAAAAAUAAAGGUUGGUCAUCAUUUUAUCCAAGCUUGACUGUGGUACAGCAUGGCAUUCCAUGUUGUGAAAUUCAUAUUGGCGAUGUAUGUCUACCUCCUGGACACCCCGAUGCCAUUAAUUUUGAUGAUUCAGGUGUUUUUGAUACAUUUAAAAGCUAUGACUUCACACCUCUGGAUUCUUCUGCAGUGUAUGUGUUAAGUAGUAUGGCUCGUCAGCGUCGUGCAUCUUUGUCUUGUGGAGGACCCGGUGGUCAAGACUUUGCCAGAUCUGGAUUCAGUAAAAACUGUGGCUCACCUGGAUCGUCACAGCUCUCUUCCAAUUCUUUGUAUGCUAAAGCUGUCAAAAACCACAGCUCAGGGACUGUGAGUGCCACUUCUCCUAACAAGUGCAAAAGACCAAUGAAUGCCUUCAUGCUUUUUGCCAAAAAAUACAGAGUUGAAUAUACUCAGAUGUAUCCAGGGAAAGAUAACAGAGCCAUAAGUGUGAUCCUUGGUGACAGGUGGAAGAAAAUGAAGAAUGAAGAGAGAAGGAUGUACACAUUAGAAGCAAAGGCUUUGGCUGAAGAACAAAAACGUUUAAAUCCUGACUGUUGGAAAAGGAAAAGAACCAAUUCAGGCUCACAACAACAUUAAACCAGGAUGCUAUGUUCUUAAGUCUAUAUUUGCAUAAACAUUUUGACUCUUGAUGGAAAGACUUAAGAAGAUCAAGGUCUCACCAUUUGUCCUGAUUUGUGUGACCAUGAAAUACUGAUAGCAUUGAAUCUUGAAAUGAUUUAAUAAUAUGAGUGAGGAUUUGCUUUCUCCAUUAGAGCAUUAAGUAAGCUAAAACUAUCAACAUUGUAAACCAAAUUGCCUUAUUUUUCUUCCAAACUUCAUAUAUGUCUAUCAGGUAAUAUAGGCUUGAAAAUUGAUAUCCUGUGGUGCUAAAGUACAGUAGAAAGAGAGGAGAAUUGUAUACAUGUUUUAUUUUAAAUUGUACAAAAGAAUUUAAAAAUAUGUAACUGCUGUUUAUACAUUGGCUCCGUAGUGCUUAUUAAUCUGUAUUGUACACAUGAUGGAAUGAAGCAGAAGCUGGGAGUUGGCCUUUUCUUUGAGCAGCCACCACAUGGCCCAUCAUCUGUGCCAAAUAUGGGAGCUCCUAGUCUGGCCAGUGCCAAGAGGCUGCCAGGAUUGUUGCAGGUGGGUGGUGUCAAGUGUCCCAGAGCCACCUGCUGCAGUUACCACAGGAUGCUGAGUUUGUGCACCAGGUGGCAGCACCCAUCCAUUAUUUCCAGUGGAGACCUAGCCCAGGUCAAGAUGAGUUAGUUAAUAGCAUUGGGAUAUAGUCACUGUAAUGGUGCUAUUAACAGUUGACAUCAUUGUAUUUUUUAACUUUGUGUUCUAUAUCUCCUCAGCCACGUAUCUUAAAUAUCUUACUUUGACAUCGUAUCUUUAUGGUGGGGGCAGACCUUGCACUUACUACAGUGCAACACUUGCACUUUACUUUUUCCUCCAACUGUCUAAAAUUAGAGCAAAUACAUUGGCAAUACAACUGCUUUUGCUCUGAGCUACAAUCAUGGCUUUUCAUGUUACUUACCAAGUGGUGUUUCUGGUUAGGAAUCACAGCUGUAAAACUGAUUUCAGUUCAUUACACUUCUUCAUGAUGUUGCCCCUAAAUUUUGCACACUAUAUUCUUGUAUAUUAUUUCAAAUAAAAUGAAGAGAAAAAAGUUUAUUUCUGA